GUAAUUUCCCCGGUAAAUCCUCCCUGCUUAUCGCACCGCCUGCUACCGCCUGCUGGCCCCGGUGUCAUUUGGAUUGGCUUAUUGCUAUCGACGCGCUAAGCUGUCUCACUCCUUGCGACCCUCGCUGUUGCCCUCAUGACUAGGUCAAGUCGAUGACCCUGUUACCCUGUUACUCGGUGAGCCUUUUGUCGGCACGGUCUCCGGAGCGAGUGUCCGUCGCGGUCGCCAUUUGGACGGUGUAAGCGGGGAGGAAGAGAGAGGGUUUGAGUUCUUAUCUCGACAUCUCGGAACCAAACAAGAACGCAAGUCGCGUUUCCCCUCUUCGUGCCCUUCGUGCGGUGCGCUCUCAUCCUUGGGGCGAAACGCGCAAACCGCACACAUCCCUCCCACGAUACUUCCAACAGUACAGGCUUCCUGCCCUCAGCAUGGAGCCCUCAACAUCCAUCCCGCAGACCUCGGGCCUGACCCCGGGGGGUCGACGCACUCUCGGGAUCGCAUUACUGCUCAUCGUGGUCUUCCUCUGGACGGCCUCGAACUUCCUGGCCAGUACCAUCUUCGCCGACAACACCUACUCCAAACCCUUCUUCGUGACCUAUGUCAACACCUCCAUCUUCAUCCUCCCGCUCGCCUCGAUCAUCGCCGGUCGGGUCUUCCGGCUCUGGCGCGCCGGCAAGCUGUACCGGAUUCGGUCGGUGCAGAGUCUGUUGCAGCAUCUGGAUGCGCAUGAUGGGUGUUUGGAGGGUGAGGGGAGACGGAUUUUGGAUCGUGCGGGGCUUUCGUCGGCCAGGUUGGGGUUGAAGGAGACGGCGAAGCUGAGUUUUCAGUUUUGUCUUCUGUGGUUUACUGCCAAUUACUUUGCCAUGGCAUGUUUACAGUAUACAACGGUGGGAAGUACCACCAUCCUGACCUCCACGAGUGGCGUAUGGACCCUCAUCUUCGGCGCCCUGAUCGGCGUCGAACGCUUCACGCCCCGCAAACUCCUCGGCGUGAUCGCCUCCCUCAUCGGCAUCAUCAUGAUCUCGCGCCUCGACAUCUCCUCCCCUUCCCCCUCGCCAACCCCAGACGCAGACCCUAAUCCCAACCUCAACCCCACCUUGCGGGCUAGAGGGAGCACCAUCCCCCCCAAACCCCCGCACGAGAUCGCCCUCGGCGACGCCAUGGCCGCCUUCAGCGCCGUCAUGUACGGGGUCUACACGAUCGUCCUGAAGAAGCAAGUCGGCGACGAAUCCCGCGUCAACAUGCAGCUCUUCUUCGGGCUGGUCGGCCUCCUGAACAUGGUGCUGCUGUGGCCCGGCUUCCUGGUGCUGCACGCCCUGCGCGUCGAACCCCUCGCCUGGCCCGACUCCCCCCGCGUCUGGGCCAUCGUCUGGGUCAAUGCGCUCGCCUCCCUCCUCUCCGACCUGUGCUGGGCCUACGCCAUGCUCCUGACCACCCCGCUGGUCGUGACCGUCGGCCUGAGUCUGACCAUCCCGCUGUCGCUGGUCGGGCAGAUGGUGAUCCAGGGGCAGUAUGCGAGUGGGGCGUAUUGGGUGGGCGCGGCGGUGGUGUUCGGGUCGUUUUUGGUGGUGAAUCAUGAGAGUCGGGGGGAUGUGGGGGACACGCAGGGAAAUGGGGAUGGGGAGGAGAGCGGGAGGGGGCGGACGAGGGGGAGGGGGAGGGGGAGGACGGGGGCAUCGUCGGGGUAUGAGGCUAUUUCGGCGGUGGAGGAGGGGGAUCAUCGCGAUUGA